AUGACUUCCCAACAACAAGACGUCCCUCAUGCGGCGCGAGGCACCGGCGCGACGCCUACACCUUUGUCGUGGUUCCCCCUUAGUUACAAGGAAGGGUUUAGCCAAUGGUGGGCGUGUCUACCUGCCGCUGCCGCUGAGCAUAAGGUGCUCUCCUACCUCCCUUACCUCCAACACCAACCUCCCACGCACUUACAAACCGGGAAUACGGUAACACCUCCCAAUGGGGAUCUGGGGAGUCUACAGUCUGCGGACCAGAGCCAGCAAGGUGAGGUGGCAGCGAAUUCCCUCAACGAUCCAUACGGCCCCCGACGUUGGCGCUCCAGUAUGGUGGAGUUGAGUGGAAAGAAUCGGGCUCUCAAUGAGUUCUCGGUCGAGAGGAUUGGAGAGGAGGUGGAUCAGCAUCUCGUAGUACUUCAUGGAUACGGAGCUGGCCUCGGCUUUUUCUACAAGAAUUUCGAGCCUCUGAGUCGACUAAAAGGGUGGCAGCUUCAUGCACUGGAUCUGUUGGGCAUGGGUCGCAGCACCCGGCCGUCAUUUCGCAUCAAAGCGAAGAAACGUGAACAUGCCAUCAAAGAGGCCGAGGACUGGUUUGUGGACGCAUUGGAGGAGUGGCGGCUCAAGCGCAAUAUAGAUCGGUUUACCCUCCUAGGCCACAGUAUGGGUGGCUACAUGGCAGUCGCCUAUGCUCUCAAGUAUCCCGGUCGAUUGAAUAAACUUAUUCUCGCUUCUCCAGUGGGCAUACCGGAAGACCCGUACGCCAUGUCGGCGGAUAUGCCCUCUGAGUCGGCCAUGGCCAACGAGGUUGCCCAGGACCAAAGCAACGUUGCUCGAUCCGCUUCGUCGGUGCAGAAAGGGGAUAACAACAUCCUUCUUAAAGGUGCUCCUACAAAUGAUACUACCUCUAGCAACCGUCCGCCUCGCCGGAUGGUGCCCAAGUGGUUUGCCUACCUUUGGGAUGCCAACAUCUCGCCCUUUUCGCUGGUGCGUUGGGCCGGACCCCUUGGGCCACGGCUGGUAUCCGGCUGGACAUCUCGACGCUUUUCCCACUUGCCUGCGGAUGAAGCGAAGGCCCUUCAUGACUAUUCGUAUUCAAUUUUCAACCUACGAGGCAGUGGGGAGUAUGCACUUUCGUAUAUCCUCGCCCCGGGAGCCUUUGCCCGCAGUCCUUUAAUCCGCCGCAUCCACGGCGUUGGACGGCAGAUGAUUCAGUCACCCUCUUCCUCGCCCUCGGAGUGGGAGACUGCCAAGAUUCGAGACUCAUCCCCAUCACAAUCAUCUUCCUCGGAUUCUGCUAUCGACCCGAAAUCGAACUCCCAGACUCUGGCCCCGUCUGUCUCUGUCCAGCGGGAAAAUGGAAUUCCAAUUGUUUUCAUGUAUGGCGACCACGACUGGAUGGAUGUCAAAGGGGGCAUGGCGGCGCAAGCGAAGCUCGAGGAAGAAAAGCGCCGCAUCCUUCAGAACGCAACGCCGGAGGAGCGUGAAUCCGACAAUGGGUCGGCAAAGGUCGUGGUCAUCAAAAACUCCGGGCACCACAUCUACUUGGACGGAUGGGAGGAGUUCAAUCGCGUCGUGCUGUCAGAAAUGGAGGACGUGGCCCGCAAAGAACGAAGAAGCCAUGACCACAAUUGA